AUGGCUCUAGAAGACGAUACCCCCUUCACCGCUGCUACGGCCGCCCGAAUCGACCUCAUCGGAACCAUUGGUAUCUCAAUGAUGACUAUAUUUGCACCUGUUGUUGUCGCAUGGUCGAAAAUAAUUGGUCCUCAGCAAGUUAUCUGCGUAGGCGGUCUCCUUUUUGGAGGGGCCAACGUUCUGGCAAGCUUCGGCCGAGAGUUGUGGCAUUACCAGAUCUCGCAGGGGUUCCUACUAGGAGUGGGAUCUUGCCUCUCUUUCGUUCCUUCAAUGGUAAUCGUCCCGACUUGGUUCGAUAAAAACAGGGCGCUGGCCAUGGGUAUCGUCUCUGCCGGAAGCGGUGUUGGCGGCCUGGUUUGGGCCCCGGUGCUUGCAGCGUGUAUCAGAAAGCUGGGCUUCCGUAACACGCUUCGUACGACUGGUGCUCUCGCUGCGGUUAUUGUCUGUGUUUGCGGGGCAGUUCUCACUUGGGAACCCGCAAAGGCGGCUCAUGUACGCAGCGAGGGCACGACGACAUCUCGAUUCAGGGGGCUCUUCAAUAUCCCGCUGCCACCAUGGAAGAUAGUAAAGCAACGCAAAUUCAUCGCGCAAAGUUUCAGUAUGUUCUCGCAGAGCGCAGCGUACUACACACCUGUGUUCUUCUUUGCGUCAUACGCCAAGACCCUGAAAUAUUCGGACAGCGACGGUGCCAACCUCACUGCCGUAAACAACGCUUGUAACGCUGUGGGAAAGAUUGCCAUUGGGUUUGUGGCGGAUCGCAUUGGAAGGCUCAACGCGUUAUUUAUCACAAGUGUGAUCUGUGCUGCUGUCACUUUCGGGUUAUGGGUUCCCAGCAUGGCCAUAGGUAUGAGCCAUGAGGCCGUAGCAAGACCGCUGUUCGUCAGCUUUGCGGCUCUAUACGGCAUUUUCGCUAGCGCAUACGUCAGCUUGUUUCCGCCAGCGCUGGUUGAACUAUUUGGCAUGAAUCAGAUGCCACAAAUCACCGGGAUCAUGUACAUGAUCAUGGGAGUUGCUUCAAUGAUUGGGACCCCAGUGGCUGGUGCCCUAGUAAGGGGACAUGGAGAGAUCAAGACAUCAGGUGACUACAUGGGGAUGGGGAUCAUGGUAGGCACUCUCAUGGCCGCGGCAGCUAUCUUUGUGGCUUGGGUGAGAUUAGAGGCGACGGCAGAUCGUGCUCAAGGAGGUUGGAAAUAG